AUGGCACUAUCGUCUCGCCCAGAGCCGUCAGGACGGUCGUCGACGGUAUAUGAUCGCCUCUUUCGUUCUCGGCCGGAUGCGCGGAGGAUCAAAAAGAGACGUUCGCUGCCGGUUCCCGCGUCUGCAGCACCGGUAUCAGCACCAGAUCCAGAUCCAGCGCCAGCGCCAGCACCAGCACCAGCACCGAAUCCAGCCCAUAAGCAAGCUAGCUUUCAGGUGAUAACAGCGAUGCGACACGACGAGGUGCAACUCGCGACACACCAUACCACUCAGGUACAGGCUAUCAGCCCCAGCCCCAGCCCAUCAUACGAAGAUAACCUGUUGAAGCCUUCAUCACUGCGCGGCUCGCUUGCUAGUCACACAAGACAUCCCUUAUAUGGCCCCUCGAAUCCGAGAUAUCGCCCCGACCUCGACUCUGGGUACAGCUAUUCCAGCGCCAGAGGGAUGAAUCGCACAGCUUACGAGGGAACUGGUCCGGUACCCCAGCACACCCAGCGGCCGAAAAUGCCGUCGGGCAUGAUGGCGAACUAUGCGCAGAUUGACCCCCAAUCUACCAUAUACCAACGGCGACCUCCGAGCAGCUCGAGCAUGGCAAGCUCUAUUGGAUCCAGUACUACUUUCGACGCAAUUCUAGCAUCUCCUACUAGUAGCAGGACAAGUUUCGAAUCAUGGCAAUCAACGUCCCGAAAACAGGAGCAUGGAUGGCAGCGACCCUCGCCAAUCAAGCAAUAUAGACGGAAGAGAGCGGAAGGCGAGCUUUUUGCCGCUCUCCCAGAUGAAGUACUAAGUCUUAUAUUGCAAAGGCUGAAAGAAUCGCAUCUGAAACCCGGGAGUUCUAGCUGCGCGACUUGUAUGAUGAGGGAUCUAUGCUCUGUCGCGGUGUCGGCUAAGAGAUUGUUAAAGAUUGCGCGCUUAGCAUUGUACGAAGACAUUCAAAUCGUUGGAGCGGAUUCUCAAACACAGAAAAAACGUCUGAAGAUGACCUUUGGGUCUCGUCUGGUUCUUCUCCGACGCACGUUGAGAGCUAACCCUGGCGUCGCGGUCCUGGUACGCACUCUAAAGGCACCCGCCGUUCCUCAGGGAAUCCCGGUCGAGUCAUAUCAGAACCUCAUUGCCUCUGUCAUUAUGGCCUGCCCGAACUUCGAAAAAUUAGUUGGUCCGCAUCAAAACUAUGACUUCUCCUUCGGCCGUUUGUUCCACGCGUUAUCAACACGGGAGCAGUUGACGAGCAUUCACUGGACCUUGGAGGCAUCAAAGAAGCAGAGGAAACGUCGCAUGUCCAAUGCAGCGCCCAUGUUAAACACAGGAAAUCCGAAUUUUCAGGAAGCCCCAGGCGACUUACAGCUAGAGCAGAGUGAAGAGUUUCGUGAGCUUCAUAUGAACUGGGCGAAUCUCACAACACUCUCGAUCCACUGCCUGCCAGGGGCAACACUUACCCCAGUAUCACUGCUACCGGACAUCCUAGCCGACCUACCGUCUCUUCAACACUUACACCUAUCUCAUCUUCCUUUCACGGCGUUCAAUGAUGCAAAUUUGUUGUCACUGCCCUCCCUGCAAACACUCACCCUAUCGCAUCUCCCGGGUGUGUCCAGCAUAGGUCUUUCCCAAUUUGCAAGGCGCCCCUCAAGCCAGUCGAUCCGCAAGCUAACUCUGCAUCACCUUGACGUUGAAUCUCUCCCCACCGUCGGCCAAAUCCUUUCAAAUCUGAGAUCUUUGGAAUCCUUCGCGCUUGUGCAAGCGCAGACGCCCAUCCUCCCCGAAGGCGAGAUGAUUUGGCUUUUUCCAUAUCUCGCUUCUGAGACGAUCAAAAAGCUGCACUGGGACAUACCAAGUUUUGCGUCGACUGCUAAUUUCGCGGAUUCGAUUCUUGCGAAGAGUAUAUCUGCAAAUGGCUUUCCAGCCUUACGGACGCUGCGGACACCUGCCGAUCCUGAGGGUCUUUUCCAGGCUCUCUGCAAACCCGUUGACAAGGCUGACACGGCCAGCGACAGGUAUCGCGGGCUCAUAGCUAAAGCCGGCUCACGGCCGAAAAGCCCGCCGGAUACUCCAACAACGCCGAGGACUCCUCAGACUCCCGGUAGUAGCAAUUCAAAAUCGCCGUUUGGCCUGAACUUUCCUAUGGACGACCAGCUUUUCCCUUCCAAGGUUUCAAGCAAUCUUGCGCAGGCUCGCCUUGACGCCCAGCGUCGACUUGAGACGGCGCGUGAUGAACCCCGUUUCACUUUCAACCUGGUGGACGAGGACGGUAGAGUUCUGCAAACCACAAAGUUGGCUGGUUUCAUCGGCGAAAUCGGCUCACCCAUCAAUUAUUGUCUCACGCCCGAUCCUGGCGCGGUAGAUGAGAACGGCGGCCUCCUAGAAAUUUCCGAUUUCUUGGGUGACUGUGGAGAGAACCUGAAAGAUGGUAAUCGCGAAGGGUGCACCGGGCGCUGGAACACAUACAGCGGUGUGGUGAUUGAUAAAAAGGACCGCGAACGUUGGUGGCAUACUGAGCGCGGUCGAUGGAGAUCUAUUGAGCUGUGA